CUCACAUGACGACAACUUCCUGUAAAAAAAACCUGGUUGCUUCGUCAAUAAUAUAGUUAUUCACUAUCAUGGCAUCAUUAGUUGGAGAAGUUAUGCAUUUGAACAUUGGACCGACGGAAAAGUGGCCUUCGGAUGUAGCCUUUUUUCAGCCAUAUCAGGUCGAACAAGUUACUUUACCCGACUACUCUAAUUGCCUAGCAGUGCGAACAUUUCUGAACAUGAGUGGCCUGAAGUUCGAUCUUCAACUGAAAACAAAUGCAGAGGAAAUGUCCCCAUCAGGAAGAGUUCCAUUCUUGAAGAUAGGGGCGUUUCUUAUUUCCGAAUUCGACCCUAUUGUGGCAAAUGUAAAUAUGAGAGGAUUGUCUAUAAGUGCGCAUUUGGAUGAGACCGAACGAUCAGAAAUGACAGCAUAUAUUACUAUGGUUCAUACAGUACUUUACAAUGCAGAGCUGUAUUUGUCAUGGAUAGACAAAGAUAUAUUUUCUUCAACCACAAGACCAAGAUAUGGAUCUGUACAUCCAUGGCCUAUGAGUUGGGUUUUACCUUGGAAACGACAAAUGGAAGUGAAAGCAAGAUUGAAUGCAUGUGGUUGGAUUAAUAAGACAGAGGAAAAUGUUCAUGAUGAAAUUAGGGCAUGUCUUCAGGCUCUGUCUGAUCGCUUGGAUACAAACAUUUAUUUCUUUGGUGAAAAGCCCACAGAAUUGGAUGCUUUAGUGUUUGGACAUUUGUAUAAUCUCAUUACUUUUCAGUUGCCAGAUUCAAGACUGACAGAUAUUAUUAAGAAAUACAAGAAUUUAGCAGAUUUAUGUACUCGUAUAGAGGGGAAAUAUUACAGAGACAUUAAAGAAAAUUAAUAUCAGUUUAAUAUACUUGUGCCAUGUCUUUGUCAAAUAAAAAUGUAUUAUCUAAAUCAU